AUGACGCCGUCGACGCCGCCCCAUACGGCGACGCCAAGCGCUGGCUUCACGUCGAAACAAGCAGCUGCUGCCACAGCAGCGCGCUUUGCCGGCUACUCGUCGUUCUACGCGACCCCCGCGUCGACUCAGACUCAGAAUCUGAGUCCAUUCACUAGUCAUCCCCCACUGCGCCCUACUUCUGGCCUCUUUACUCGUCCACAAGGGCCACCGCCACCGCCGCCGCCUCCACGUCCACUGCACCACCUCCACAGCGCCACUCCUCCUCGCCCACCGCCUCCUCCUCCGUCAGUGACGCUGUACAGCCGCGGGCCACCGCCGCUUAGCCGCCCGCCGCCACCUCGCGCGAAUGCGCCCGUCGCGUCGCAGUGGCAAUGGACCAACGGGAACAAUGGACCAGCAGCUGCCGCUGCAGCGGCUACACCGCCGCCCGUGAGGUUCCAAUUGACUCCGCAGCCGUCUCGUGGACCGGUGGGUCCUCCCCCGCCUCCGCCUCGUGGCUUUCGACCUCCUGCGAGCGCGUUCUCAGCAGCGCCACCACCAACUGCUGCUUCAGCGGCUGUAGCAGGCAACGCCAAGUGGCCGGAGGCGCUACACGAGUACGUGAAGCGCGCGUUCGCUCGGUGCCAAGGCGCAGCAGACCAGACGAUCACGCAGAACGUACUGAAAGAGCGGAUUACGACUGCGAUCAUGACGAACAGUCUGUGGACCAAGAACUGGGCGGUCGAGGCGCUGCCAGUGCUGGUUGGCGACACGCCAGCUGCUGCCAUGCAGACCAAGGCCGAGAUGGGAAGAGCGCGAGCGACGGUAGGGUUGGGACCUCUGGGUAGUCACACGGCAGCUUCGUUGCCUGGUAACAACAACUGUAGGAAUCAGGUGCGCGUGAAUGAGGUCGCUACGAUGCCGGGGAAAGACUUGAUGACGUCUGGCAAGAAGAAGAAGACGAAGAAGCGCAAGCACGAGAGCUCCAUAGUGGAACAAGCAGACGAUCAGCGCAAAACGGAGCGGAAACAGCGGUUCUUUCAGACGCAGCAGGAGCUGAAGCGAUGGGUGGUCCCGGAAGUUGAUACGAAGAAGCUGCAGGUACUUACACUGGAUGGCGACUUGGAUUUGGCAGCGAUGGUCAUUAAAGGUACUAGUCAGACGAUAGAGAAGAAAUACUUGCGAUUAACGUCUCCCCCGCAUCCAUCGACGGUGCGGCCGGAGCCUGUGCUGCAUCGGGCGCUGGAGCUCGUCAAGUCGAAGUGGAAGAAGGGGGACCACGAUUAUGUGUAUGCCUGUAGCCAGCUGAAGUCGAUCCGCCAGGACUGCACAGUCCAGCACAUCAAGAACGAGUUUACCGUGUCUGUGUAUGAAAUCCACGCCCGGAUCGCGCUUGAGUCGGGCGAUAUCAACGAGUUUAAUCAGUGCCAGACGCAACUGCACGAACUGUAUGAGAAGCUGAUCCCGGGCGAGGCGAUCGAGUUCCUCGCGUACCGCAUUUUGUAUUGUGUGUACGUGUCUCUGCAAGCCAAAAAGGGGGACUCGAAUGCAGGUCAGCUCGGCAUGUACAACGUGCUGGGCUUAGUAACCGCCAAACUGCGGGCCCACCCGGCAAUCAGUCACGCACUGGCAGUGCGUCAGGCGGUUGCUAUGAAUGAUUAUCACCGUUUUUUCAAACUCUAUGUAGGUGCUCCGAAUAUGGCAGGUUAUCUAAUGGACGUGAUGGUCCCCGCGAUUCGACUGAGUGCACUUCGUGCCAUGUGCAAAGCGUACCGUCCAACUGUUUCGAUGCAACACAUUCGCAACGAGCUCAAGCUUACAGGGAAGGCAGGUAAAGCAUUUAUCCGUCAAUCUGGUCUCGCGUUUGUGAAGGGAGACAAGACGCGCGUGGAUACGAAAGCCUCAGACAUCGUCUGGACGCUAAGCAACGAGUCGUCGCUAAUUUAA